CGGAACCCAUGUCGUCGCCGGACCACUUCGACGACUACUCGCCGUCGGCCACCACCGCCCUCUCCCGCCCCUCCCCUCUCCUCCGCGGCCCCCUCCCCGCCGCCCCGGCCGACGACCCCUCCUCCGGUCCCUUCGUCCUCGCCUUCCGCGACCUCGGUUCCUGGUCCGCCGCCCUCGCCUCCUCCAAGUCCAAGAUCGUCGAGCAGUGCGAGGAGGGCGCCCGGAUCGGCUGCGCGGUCGCCGCGUCCCGGAGCUGCGCGCCCCCGUGGUGGGCCCCGCUCGCCGGCCGGAAGGCCGACCCGAAGCAGAGGGAGGAGUGCGAGGCGCGCGAGAUGGAGUCCUGCCUCGUCGCGGCGAAGGAGAAGUGCGCCGGCUUCGCGGCGGACAAAUGCGCGGAGCCGUUCAUGGGCGCGAGGGUCGCCGUCGCUGACGAGAGGGUGGCGAGCGAGAGGGCGGUGGUUGGGCGGCUGAUUUCGCGGGCGUGUCUGGCUGGUAAGAGCGAAAGUUUCGAUUUGGGAUGGUUUGGCGAGUUAGGUUUGGACGAUUUGGUGAAAUGCGGACGUGGCGGUGUGAGUUAUGUGAAGGCUAGUGAACUGGUGGGGAGGAAGACUGAUUUUAGUGGAAGUGAUUGAGUUCUUGAUCUUGCCGGUUCGAUGAGGGCAUUGCUAGUGCUAAUUGAAGUUUCGAUUUUGAGUGCUGGAAUGUGAUUUUGAGGAUGUAAGAGAUUUUCCAGGUGGAAGUCGUUGUUGAGCUUGGAUUGUGGAGACAUCAAGAAAGUUGCAGUUUGGUUCGGAUGAGGGUGUUUGAGAUCAUCCAAACUAUCAAUGGGCAUGAGCCAGAUAUGGAACUCCAUCCUGUAAGUGGAGAACUUUCGCAUUGUUUAUUGUCCUUAGCCUUUCCUUUGAAGCCGUGAUCAAAAGAUAUAAGCCGUUACCCUCAUGGUUUUGGUGCGGAAUAACCAUCGUGAUUGCAACUUGUUCCAUUCUUUGCAUUUUAUAUGUAGUAGUAGCUUCGUUCAUCAAUAGCUACUGUUCACAGUGCAAUGCCAUACUCGGAAAAUUAAUUUGCUUUUGAUAGUUUGACUGAUGGGUCUUGAAAUCGGAUCAGAUAGGUUUCUGCUUCAA